CCUGACCGGAUGGUGACAGAAGUUUUCAGUCAAUGUGGCUACUUUUAACCUACAACUGUGUUGCUAUUCAUUCUGCUUCUUAUUCCAUAACAACAGGAACACGUCGGUCCUUACUAGCUUCUUUUUCCUACCACAAAAAAACUCAUAUUUGACAAAACCGCUGUGCCAUCUGGAACUUUACUGGAGGCCUGUUACUUGACCGUGUACGGAGCCACCGAGAGCCCAUUGGGCUGACCGGGCUGCCACCAUGGGGAAUCGGGGGAUGGAAGACCUGAUUCCGCUCAUCAACAAGCUCCAGGACGCCUUCAGCUCCAUCGGACAGAGCUGCAACUUGGAGCUACCACAGAUAGCGGUCGUCGGCGGACAGAGCGCAGGGAAAAGCUCCGUUCUGGAAAAUUUCGUCGGGAGAGACUUUUUGCCUCGAGGCUCUGGUAUCGUGACUCGUCGUCCUCUCAUACUGCAGCUAGUCAACAAUAAAGCAGAGUAUGCAGAGUUUCUACACUGCAAGGGUCGGAAAUUUGUGGACUUUGAUGAAGUCCGUUUGGAGAUUGAAGCCGAGACCGAUCGACUCACCGGAUCCAACAAGGGCAUCUCACCCAUCCCCAUCAACCUCCGAGUCUACUCCCCUAAUGUGUUAAAUCUGACUCUGAUUGACCUGCCGGGGAUGACGAAGGUGGCUGUCGGGGACCAGCCUCUCGACAUCGAACACCAGAUCAGAGACAUGCUGCUACAGUUCAUUACCAAGGAAAGCUGCCUGAUCCUGGCCGUCACUCCGGCCAACACUGACCUGGCCAACUCUGAUGCUCUCAAGAUUGCAAAGGAGGUGGAUCCCCAGGGUCUGCGGACUAUUGGAGUGAUCACCAAGCUGGACUUGAUGGAUGAAGGGACGGACGCUCGAGACAUCCUUGAAAAUAAACUCCUUCCUCUCCGCAGGGGUUACAUUGGAGUGGUAAACCGUAGCCAGAAGGACAUUGACGGCAAGAAAGACAUCCAUGUUGCUUUGGCUGCUGAGCGCAAGUUCUUCUUGUCCCAUCCUGCAUACAGACACAUUGCAGAGCGUAUGGGCACGCCGCACCUACAGAAGACACUUAAUCAGCAACUUACCAACCACAUCCGUGACACUCUGCCAGGGUUACGCAGCAAGCUCCAAAGCCAGCUGCUUUCCCUUGAAAAAGAGGUGGAACAAUAUAAAAACUUUAGCCCUGAUGAUCCUGCACGCAAAACCAAGGCCUUGCUUCAGAUGGUGCAGCAGUUUGGUGUCGAUUUUGAAAAGUGCAUCGAAGGCUCAGGCGAUCAAGUGGACACCUCCAACUUAUCCGGAGGAGCAAAGAUUAACCGCAUCUUUCAUGAGCGCUUUCCGUUUGAGCUAGUUAAGAUGGAGUUUGACGAGAAGGAACUGAGGAAGGAGAUCAGUUACGCCAUCAAAAACAUCCACGGAGUCAGGACAGGCCUGUUCACUCCAGACAUGGCGUUUGAGGCUAUAGUGAAAAAGCAGAUCAUUAAGCUGAAAGACCCCUGUCUGAAAUGUGUCGACCUCGUCGUCACCGAGCUUGUCGCCCUGAUCAGGAAAUGCACUGAAAAGUUAGGAUCGUAUCCUCGUCUGAGAGAAGAGACGGAGCGAAUCGUCACCACCUACAUCAGAGAGAGAGACAGUAAGACUAAAGACCAGGUGCUCCUGUUGAUUGACAUUGAACUCUCCUACAUCAACACUAAUCAUGAGGACUUCAUUGGAUUUGCAAACGCCCAGCAGAGGACCGCCCCUAACGCUACCAAGAAGAGAGUCAUGCCUAACCAGGUUAUCCGCCGAGGCUGGCUGACAAUCAACAUUAGCAUCAUGAAGGGAGGCUCCAAGGACUACUGGUUUGUGCUCACCGCAGAGUCGCUUUCCUGGUACAAAGAUGAGGAGGAGAAAGAGAAGAAGUACAUGCUCCCUCUAGACAACCUGAAGCUCAGAGACGCGGAAAAGGGAUUCAUGUCCAGCAAACACGUCUUUGCCAUCUUCAAUACCGAGCAGAGAAACGUGUAUAAAGACCUGCGGCAGAUCGAGCUGGCGUGUGACACUCAGGAGGAUGUUGACAGCUGGAAAGCCUCGUUCCUCAGAGCUGGUGUUUACCCAGAGAAAGACCAGCGUGAAAAUGAGGACGCCAUGAAUCCAGGCGACACCGUGUCUAUGGACCCACAGUUGGAGCGUCAGGUGGAGACGAUCCGCAACUUGGUGGACUCCUACAUAAGCAUUGUCAACAAGUCCAUCAGAGACCUCAUGCCUAAGACCAUCAUGCACCUCAUGAUCAACAAUGCAAAGGACUUCAUCCACUCUGAACUGCUAGCCUACCUGUACUCAGCUGGGGACCAAAGCAGCCUGAUGGAGGAGUCUGCUGAGCAAGCCCAGAGGAGAGACGAGAUGCUGAGGAUGUACCGCGCCCUGAAGGAAUCGCUGGUCAUUAUUGGUGACAUCACCACCACCACUGUUUUCACUCCUGUGCCUCCGCCUGUCGACGACACUUGGAUGGUCAAGGAUUCUGGUCCUCCUGCAGGUGCCCGCACUGGCUCGGCAACAGCGCCCCCUCCAAGCCGACCCCCUGCAGUCAGAGGACCCACGCCCGGUCCUCCCCCUCCGCUCAACCCCUCACCAGCAUUCGGAGCCCCUCCAGUGCCUACGCGACCUGGACCACCACCAGCCCAGGCCGGUUUUGAUCCAAACGUGCCUGUGAUCCCCUCCAGGCCAGCUCGUGUGCCCCCCGCGCUGCCGCCCGGCAUCCCAAGCAGAAGACCCCCGGCGGCUCCCCACCGACCCAACGUUGUACGUCCUUCAGAACCUUCCCUGCUUGACUAGAAACAAACACAGACACAUACCCACAAAUGCAUUUUGUUCACUUUUUUCACUUUUGUAUUUCCAAUGAGUUAUCUGUACAUCUCAGAGACAUGAUGUUUAUCAUUUUGAGUGUUGGUGUAGUUCUUUAACAACAUGCACAGCGACAUUGUGUAAAUUGAUACUAUAAGUCUAAUGACUCUAUGAACCAUCACGUUUUUGUCUUUCAUACUAAUGUUGAUUUGAUUUGAAUAGAAUUUUUUAAAGCAAUGAUAAAGGAGAUUUCUAUCAGCUAAGCACCUCAAUAGGUGAGUAGCCCUGUUGGUCAUUUGUCUGCUUUGGAUGCAGACCUAAAAAAUUAUUCAUUCAUUCAUUCAUUCAUUUUCUACCGCUUUUUCCUCACGAGGGUCGCGGGGGUGCUGGAGCCUAUCCCAGCUGUCUUCGGGCGAGAGGCGGGGUACACCCUGGACUGGUGGCCAGCCAAUCACAGGGCACAUAUAGACAAACAACCAUUCACACUCACAUUCAUACCUAUGGACAAUUUGGAGUCGCUAAUUAACCUAGCAUGUUUUUGGAAUGUGGGAGGAAACCGGAGUACCCGGAGAAAACCCACGCAUGCACGGGGAGAACAUGCAAACUCCACACAGAGAUGGCCGAGGGUGGAAUUGAACCCUGGUCUCCUAGCUGUGAGGUCUGCGCGCUAACCACUAGACCGCCGUGCCGCCCUAAAAAAUUAUUAUUAGUAUAUUUUACAAAGUCGUCCUUCAAUCAAUGACAUAAAUGACUGUGAUUUCAUAUUUUUGGUAGAUUACUAUUGUAACCCGUUUCAGCAUCAUAGCUAUUAUACAGUUAGAAUUGAUUAUAUCCUUAUCAUUUAUCUCCCUCCAGUGCUCAACCUUUGAAUCCUUGAGCUCCACCGUGUAUCAUCGUUAUCACCUCAAAAGCCAUAAAUAACGUCAUAAAAGGGACUGUUUUUCAAAUUGUUGAUUAAAUGAUGGUCUUAAUACGGUGAGGGUGUGCUUUUCUUUCUGUCUUAGUUGCCAUGCAAAGCCGUACCUGUCCUGGGCUUUUCUCAACCCCUUUGUGCAUGAUAUCUUCCCUUGUGUACAGAUAGUGAAAUAGAUAGCAUGCAAGAGCGCUCCUGUAAGCUUCACAAAGAAGGUCAGCUCAGGUAACGUAUCUAAUUUACAUUAAAGGCAGGUAAAGACGGUGAUUGGAUGUUUCAUUUUUCUGGACGUGUCGCUAUGGUAACUGCAGUUGCUACUGGCAACAGAAUAAAUGUAUUUAUUCAUGCCCGGCUAGGAAGAAUACAGGUGUGAAAACUCCACUUUUACACAAUGUAUUUGCUGUAUUCUAUGUGGCGUCUUGUUAUUUUCAUUGU